CUCUACUUGGCCAUUGCCCUCAUCGCCGUCGUGGUCGUCACCGGCUGCUUCGGGUACUACCAGGAGUUCAAGAGCACCAACAUCAUUGCCAGCUUCAAGAACCUGGUCCCUCAGCAAGCCACAGUGAUCCGAGAAGGUGAGAAGCUCCAGAUCAACGCCAACGAGGUGGUGGUGGGAGACCUGGUGGAGAUCAAGGGAGGGGACCGAGUCCCCGCCGACAGCAGCAUCAUCUCAGCCCAGGGCUGCAAGGUGGACAACUCGUCCUUGACCGGGGAGUCGGAGCCACAGUCCAGGUCACCUGAGUGUACCCACGAGUCCCCCCUGGAGACCCGUAACAUUGCCUUCUUCUCCACCAUGUGCCUGGAAGGCACCGCCCAGGGCCUGGUGAUCAACACAGGGGACAGGACCAUCAUCGGGCGCAUCGCCAGCCUGGCCUCGGGGGUGGGGAACGAGAAGACCCCCAUCGCCGUGGAGAUCGAGCACUUUGUGGACAUCAUUGCUGGCCUGGCCAUCUUCUUCGGGGCCACCUUCUUCGUGGUGGCCAUGGUCAUUGGUUACCCUUUCCUGAGGGCCAUGGUCUUCUUCAUGGCCAUCGUGGUGGCUUACGUGCCCGAGGGGCUGUUGGCGACGGUCACGGUGUGUCUCUCCCUGACGGCCAAACGUCUGGCCAGGAAGAACUGUGUGGUGAAGAACCUGGAGGCCGUGGAGACCUUGGGCUCCACCUCGGUCAUCUGCUCUGACAAGACGGGGACCCUGACCCAGAACAGGAUGACCGUGGCUCAUCUCUGGUUUGACAACCAGAUCCACGCGGCUGACACCACCGAGGACCAGUCUG